AUGUCCGAUAGAGUCCAAUCCGUCACGGACGGGUUCCGUAACAAGAACCAAAAUCCCGGAGACAGCUCCAACGCCCCAUGCCCAGGAGGACCCGCCCCUGCUGCCAGUUCCCCAGCUAUCCGCACUGCACCUCCAAUCACCCCCCCCCAGGAGACCAUCCCUGCUCUCCACCACCCUGCCCCACCCUCUACUCGGGAGACCGCAGCUAAAAAGAGCAAAACCCAGAAGCACUCCGGGAAGAGCCCGUCAACCAAUUGUGUUGGCAACAGCUCAGACGACCCCACCCCAAACCCCUCUUCCAAGGGCGGGACUAGACCAGACUUGGAGUUUUCCAAGAGAUUAGUGGCAGAUGAUACUGACGAUGAAAUUACGGAGCCGGGGAUAGACGUGUUGGAUCCUACCCCCAAAGAACCCUCCAAAGGGAAAAUGGCUCUCUCUAUGCCGGCCCAUAAAGGUCCCAGCAGACACGACGAGACGAUUGCCACUCUUGUGGAGAAAAAUUUAGCAGCAGAGAAGGCCGGCGACCAAGAAGCUUCGGACCUUUACUUUGUGAUGUUCAAAUCGCUGAUGGUCAAUGCCUGCUACCCAGUCGCCGUCAAGAACAAGACCCUCGCCGCCAUCGCACCCGACCCGAACGCACUGAGCAAGCUGAUCUACUACUGCGCAACCAGGCCACACAAGAUCCACAAGAUCACCAGCUACCUGAUCUCCUACGCCCAGUCCCAGGCCUUGCCCUCCUCCUUCACCGCAUCCCUCUCCGUCUACCGCCACUCCAAGCCCGGGCUCAUCUGCACCAUCAAGAUCUUCACCCACCUCAUCCACAACCCACGCAUCAACCCCGCCAUCCUCGCACCCCACCUCGCCACCAUCAUCGCCAUCGGCCUCGGCCUCUUCAACCAGGCCUUCUCCUCCGAGCCCCUCCCUCCCACCACCACCACCACCCACCACCCGGAAACCCCGGAAAAAGCCUCAGAAGCCUCCGGGUACUUCGGCUCCGACUGGGUCGCCCACGACCUCGACAUCACCCGGACCACCAUCGAGCUCUUCUCGACCUACGCCGAGGCGAUCAGACCAGACUGUCUGCAGGACGACCAGCAGGCCCGCAACCACCUCUUCUUCCUCGCCAAGUUCGCCUCCGUCGCCAUCCAGACCCCCCCGAUCACCCACCCCCCCAGCCCCGACCCCCCCAAGCCCGCGAGAUGUCUGGCCCUCAUCGCCCUCGCUAGCUCACUCACUGCCCCCGGCCUCUACUCCACUCCUUCCUUCGACCGACAGAUCCGCAUGAUCAUCCCCGGCCUCGUCUCCUCCAUCCUCCCAAGCCCCCAGCGGCCCCCAGACGAGCUCAUCACGCUCAUUCAUCAGGCCUGUCCGAGCUGCCCUCCGGCGCCGCCCGACGACGGGGAGCUGCUCGCCCAGCUCAGCGCCCUCCAAGCAGCCAUCACCCCCCUCUCCCCGCCCGCAGUCUCCCCCGCAACCGAACUCCACCUCGUCCUCUUAUCCACCACAGCCCUGCACUUCCUGCUCAGCACCCAGCUGUCCACCCUCGCCCACUUCGAGAUCUGCCUCACCGAGAUCCUCAUCCAGCUCGAGGCCUCCAUCGCCACUCCUCCCUCGUCGGACUACUAUGGAUGGCUCGGGCCCGCGCUGCUGCGCUGGACGACGCCCAAGUAUCGCGCAAGUGUGAUCGAGCUCGUCGUCGAUCGGCUCACCCUGCUCGACUCUAAGCAGCCCCACAAACCAAAGUCCAAGCAACAGCACCUGCAGAGAAUGACCGUCCUGGCGGGCAUGCUGGCCGCGAUGCUCUCCGACCCGCUCACGGGUACCAUCCAGCUGCUCAAUACGCUCACGCUCAUCCACCAGCUCCUCCGACUGCUGCACUCCACACUCGUCCUUGACCCCAGCGGCCCAACCGCAGCGCAGGCCCUGUUGUCCGGCCUGCUGGUCGACGGCGUGGGCGGGCUGGCCCGGAGGGAGUUCUACGAUGCGCAGAUCAACGACAUGUGCAAGCACGUCCUCGCCCAGAUCUCCGCCCUCCUCGGUCCAUCCGUCGAGGCCGACCCGUCGGAGAAGGACGGCCCGGCGGUCGCGGCGCAGCCGUUGUUCGAAUGUCUCGAACGCAUCCUCACCAACGCUAACACUACGGCCCUUCCCUCGCCGGACCGCCGCCAAGCCCGGCUGCCCGUCUCGCUCCUGCUCAUGAAAGACGCCCUGCCGCUGCUCGAAAGGCUGUCCCACCCGCCCUCGCGCGCCGCGUUCUUCAAAGCCCUGCACGUCUACCUCCGCUUCGAGGCCUUCCGAGCCCCCCCGCUGGGGCGCCAGGAGCCGGACGGCCAGCUGGCCGCAUUCCUGCACGCGUUCUGUGCCCUCUUGGGCUCGGAGGCCGCCCGGCCCUCGUCCUCCGUCGCCGCCCCGGGCCCCGGGUGGCUCGCUUGCCUGCUCGAGAUCCUCGCCCAUCGCGAGUUCGUCGUCCUGGCCACCUGUCUGCCCUUGCUGCGCGAACUCGACGCGAUCUCGGACCGGCGUUCUCCCGACGAGCCCGGGGAGCAGAAGGCCUUCGUGCUGGAGUGUUUGGCAACCGUCGGCAAGGUCUGGGAGCUCGGCGCGGUGCCGGUCGCCCGUACCCUCCCCCGCCGGAUCCAGUGGGACGUGCUGGCCGGACAGCUCGCUCAGAGCCCCCUUGUCCAGCUCAAGGCGGGGACGGACCGGGCGGGGCUCGAGGCCCAGUUCCUUCCGCACCGUUGGACGGUUCUCGAGGCGCGCACGCUAGCGGGAUGGACAGCGAGUGGGGGCAGUCGGCGGGGCUCGCUCAGCGGCGGCCGGGUCCGGCCGCGGGUGACCUCUGCGGCAGCGUCGACGAGCGAGUGGGCCUCGUCCUGCGGCGCGGGCCGGGCGGGGGUGCGACAGGAGCGGGGCAAGAGCCUGCUGUCGGCGCUGCACGACCGCUCGUCGCCGACGGGCAGUCUGUCGACCGUGCACCCAGCCCCGUCGGUCUCCGACCUGCGCAACUCGCUCCUCGGCGCCGGCUUCUUUCAUCUGCCCUCCCCCCGCACCGCCAAGGGCGCGUCCAUCAGCGGCCGCAGCUCGGUCCUCUUGCCCGACGACAUCGGCCCCGACGACCCGCCCUACAACGUCUCCUCGGCCGACCUCGCCCGCUACUUGUCCGCCACCACUGGGCCCUCCUCCCGCUCCUUCAUCACUAAGUCUGCUGCCCCAAGGGGCGGAGACGACUUCGGCCGGCCCGCCGCCUCCGUCGACUCCGCCGCUGAGCACAGACACCCCAAGUCUCUCCAGCUCGACCUGCUCAAGGCCCGUGCUGUAUCGCUCGCUCGCAGACAGACCCUCACCGCCGAGGUCCUCGACAAGGUCCGCAGGAACUCCCGCAUCCGGCCCCUCCCGCCGCCCGGCCCGCCUCCUCCGAUGCCUAUGCCCGCCUCCGCCGCCGCCGACGACGCCCUCCAACGCCAGAAGGAGAAGGAGACUCAGGCUGGCCGCGAUCCAGACACCUCCGCUGGAUCCCAGCCGCCCACCUCCUCCGACAACGCUCGUGCUCCUUCACCUCAUGCUCAUAUAAUCGCGACCACCAAUCCGCCGCCCUCUCCUCCCGCCGGCCUCCCAUCCAAGAGCGCGGCUCUCGCGCCGCCGGCCACCGAGUGA